AAUUACACUUUCUAAACAGACGCAAUAGCAGUAAAAUAUUGYGAGCAAUGCAUGAUUAAUUCCAUUCUCGGUAUUCACCAUCGCUGAAUGACGGGAUCGCCUGCUGUCACAAGACAACUGUGUGUGGCAGGAGGAGGGUCUGAAUCACGGAUGUUGUAGGGAUACAGAUGCAGGCCCGUCUUCCAGUAAAAUACCAUAUUACCGUCGACUCAUCUUAUUACCGCACAGGUUCGUGUGCAUGCAGCCUCCAGCCAAAAUGAUCCACAGCCUGUUCCUCGUGAAUUCCUCGGGGGACAUUUUCCUGGAGAAACACUGGAAGAGCGUUGUGAGCCGCUCCGUGUGCGACUACUUCUUCGAGGCGCAAGAGCGCGCCAGUGAGCCGGAGAAUGUGCCCCCAGUCAUUCCGACCCCSCACCACUACCUCAUCAGCGUCCUCAGGCACCGCAUCUACUUUGUGGCGGUCAUCCAGAGCGAGGUGCCGCCGCUCUUUGUCAUCGAGUUCCUACACAGGGUAGUUGAUACAUUCCAGGACUAUUUUGGGGUGUGCACAGAGGCAGCGAUCAAGGACAAUGUGGUGGUAGUAUAUGAGCUGCUAGAAGAGAUGCUGGACAAUGGCUUCCCCCUGGCCACAGAGUCCAACAUCCUCAAAGAGCUCAUCAAGCCACCCACCAUCCUGCGCACAGUGGUUAACACCAUCACAGGCAGCACCAAUGUAGGGGAGCAGCUCCCUACUGGACAGUUGUCUGUAGUGCCAUGGCGACGCACUGGAGUCAAGUACACCAACAACGAGGCCUAUUUUGAUGUAGUGGAGGAGAUUGAUGCCAUCAUUGAUAAAUCAGGCUCCACUAUUACAGCAGAGAUCCAGGGGGUGAUUGAUGCCUGUGUGAAACUGACAGGCAUGCCUGACCUCACUCUCUCGUUCAUGAACCCUCGUCUGCUAGAUGAUGUGAGCUUUCACCCGUGUGUGAGGUUCAAGCGCUGGGAAGCGGAGAGGAUCCUCUCCUUCAUCCCCCCAGACGGAAACUUCCGGCUGCUCUCCUACCACGUCAGCUGCCAGAAUCUGGUGGCCAUCCCAGUGUACGUCAAGCACAACAUCACGUUUAGGGAGGGUAGUUCUCAGGGCCGCUUUGAGCUGACCCUGGGCCCCAAGCAGACCAUGGGGAAGGGGUUAGAGGCUGUUAUAAUCAGCAGCCAGCUACCCAGAGGAGUCCUCAACACCAACCUCAACCCCUCCCAGGGGACAUACAACUUCGACCCUGUCACUAAGCUCUUGUCAUGGGACGUGGGUAAAAUCAACCCUCAGAAGCUGCCUAGUCUAAAGGGCUCUAUGAGCCUGCAGGCAGGGGCCUCCAAGCCAGACGAGAACCCCACCAUCAACAUCCAGUUCAAGAUCCAACAGUCGGCUCUUUCAGGACUGAAGGUGAAUCGGUUGGAUAUGUACGGGGAGAAAUACAAACCAUUCAAAGGCAUCAAGUACAUGACCAAGGCCGGCAAAUUCCAGGUGCGGACAUAGAGGCUCGGCUCUCCGCUCUCUGGCCUCUGCACCAAUACUACUACUGUAAAAGAGAGAGGGGGAGGUUUCCGAUGAUGGGGAAUAAAUACAGAAAAUAUAGGGAAGGGAGUGUCUAUGGACAUUCCCUGUGUAAAUGCAUUUCAGGAUUUAUCCACACAAACUGUGGGCUCUGCUGUCUAACUGAACUAGCUACCACAGAAUGUGUGACACGACACACAAAAGCAUAUUUAAUGGAGUUGUUUGCGAAUAGGUGGCGAUAAGAGACUAUCCGUCUCAAUGUGUCAACAGCAUUUUUAGUAAGCUAAAGCCUGGAAUUGGUCUAUCUGUUGUGUGUCAUUUCUGGUUCCUUUUCCAAUCUCAUUGCUAUCCUUUGAGUUCCUUUUGUGAGCGAGAAUAGCAGGCAAAAUGGUUUGUGUGCUUCUACUGCUACUACCUCUCUUCUCAUGCUCCCAUCCAUUCCUUAUAACCAACGGCCCAGAGUUUGGGUCAUCACGAGUUAACACAGCCACAAUGUCAUAAUUAUUUAUUGAGUUUAUUUUAUUUUUUGAACCUUUAUUUAACUAGGCAAGU